ACGUCAACUUAAUUGAUCAGGGACGGAACUUUUACUGGACUGGAACUCCAUAAGUAGUUAGACGGCUAGUCAGGUUAAAUCAUGCUAGCUUACGCUUACGUCUUAUUUUAGUUAUAACUCGAUGCAUUGUUCACAAAACGGCUUAGAAAUGCAUUAACUAUCGUUAAUAUACCAGAAUAACCGCGUGACAACAGCAACAUCGAGGUUAUUAAACAUGUCUGACUAGUUAGCCAACAGCCUUGAUCUGGAUGAUACGGAGAAUAUUUGUAAUAAUGUUAUAAUUGUUAUAAUACGAAGCAAAGACGGCGGUUGUAACACAUGUGAUCUACAUAUAAACUCAUUUUAAGCAAGAACUCGAGCAGAUGUUAUGUAUAAUUCUCCAAACUAGCCUGAUUAGCUGUGUACAUUUCUGCCUUUGACCUACAUGACAUGUUUUAUAAAUCUAUAACGUUAAAAAACAACUUUAUCUGCUCCUAACAUGUUUAUUCCGCCUUAAACUCCGCAGUGUCUCGAAUCCCGUAUCGAAAUUCCGACUUAUUUAGACUCUUGCACUUCAUAGAAAUGGACAACUCCGAUGUGAAAACAGCUGCUUUUGACUCACAGGGUUACAGUCCAACAUGCAAAAGGAAAAGGACAGUGGAAGAUUUCAACAAGUUUUGCACAUUCGUCCUGGCCUAUGCAGGUUAUAUUCCAUAUCCACAGGAGGAGGCGCCACUCAGGAGCAGCUCGAGUCCUCCCAACAGCACAGGUAGCACGGCAGACAGCGACGGCCUUCCCUCUCCCGAUCAGCCUCCGCACAAAAGCCGCAAGAGCUUUGGCGGCUUCAAGAGGCCCGCGAAUGACGAGCCCGAGCUCCACAAGCGGCCCAAAUCCACGGGUUUCCUCCUGGAGGGACGCAAGAAAACCGAUAAAAUGAAGAAGAAGAAAAAGAAGCCGACAGACAACAAGUCUGACGGUUCUGGGUCUUUCGCGCCAUUUCCCUCCGGCACCAGUGUGGAGAUUUCAGCUUUCAAUCGUACCGUCAAAGAGGAGCCGGAGGAUUACAUCAGCAUCUCUACGCCGCCUCCGUACAUGGAGCGCUCCGCUCAGCCCGGCACCAGCUCUCCACUCGGGUCAGAAUCUCUCGGCACUGUAGGCUGCAAAAAGGAACCCGAGGCCGAGCGGGCGUGCUGGGAUUCGUCGGCCAGCUCGGGAACGGAGUCCAGAGGCGAGAGCAGGGAGAGGCUGGCACUGCCUGAGGGUGAAGCCGUGGUCAUGAAGAUGGAGGGAUUCCCCGCUACUAGAACGGUGAUACGGCAGGGAAAGCAGGUGGUGUUCCGUGACGAGGACGGAUCCGCAGAUGACGAGGACAUCAUGGUCGAUUCAGACGACGACUCGUGGGACCUGGUGACGUGUUUCUGUAUGAAGCCCUUCGCCGGCAGGGCGAUGAUCGAAUGCAACCAGUGCAACACCUGGAUCCACCUGUCCUGCGCCAAAAUCCGCAAGUCCAACGUCCCGGAGACGUACACCUGCCAGCAGUGCAAAGACUCCAAAUUUGACAUUCGGCGCUCGAACCGCUCGCGCAUGGGCUCUCGAAAACACCUUCUGGACUGAUGCAGCUCGCGCCCCUCCCCCGAGUACGAACUCCGAUCGAAAGGGAGACGAGUACGGACGAGGACGGGCCCUGACUGCGUUAUUAAACUUUUAUAUAUCGUCCACCUUCCUAACUUUUUGGUUUUCUUGUUGUUUUUUUUUGCGUAAGGCAAUCAUAACCGAUGCAUUAAAGAGAAAAGGUUCUACAGACGUUUCGAAACGGACGCCGUGUUCUCGAAGACUUUCCCGAGACGCUUUCAGGAACAGGAGCGAGGACGACGGAUUGCACUUUUUUCCUUUCUUUUUCUUUUCUUUUCUUUUUGAAAAAGGGAGCGUUUGUACUUAUUGCUUUGAACAGUAUGUGUGUAUUCGUUCAGAGUGUUACCUUCAACUUGUUUUGUUUCCCUCGUGGAACUUUCUGGAAUCCCAAAAUGUCGUAGAGGCACUAUACGGUUAUAGUGAAAAUAUUGUGUCCUGAGUGAGAAAUCCAUUUCCUUUUUUCUUUUUGUUUCUUUUUCAAAACGCUGUCCUUCAGGUUAAUGGAAAAAAAAAAAGGUACCCGAGUUGGGGAAAAGCGUCUGACGUGACGGACGUCCUGUUUAUCGAAUUCGGUUCUUGAUUUCCAUGUCUGUGUGUUAUUUAAUUGUGACCAUUGACCUGAGUGAUUUGAGACAUUUGGUCAUACAUUUGGUGUAUUGCCCAGAAGCAAAAACAAAAGGACUUUAUAUAUUUUAUUGGUGUUUUUUCCGUUAAGAUUUCCGACUGCAGCUCUGCUCGUGAUGUACACGGCCCUGACGACGGACCUGAAGUGAACUUGCGAGGAUUUCUUUCUUUCUGACUCGUUUCCAAUCCCAGCGUCUAUCCAAGUAGCAGAGUUUUGUUUUGUUUUUUUUGACUCGACUCGGAAAGUCUGCAAAAGCUAGACUCUAGCAUCUGUGAAAGUAAAUACACCACAGCAUUGUCUCCUGAUCACUGAACAGCAAGCUUCAUGGUCAGAGUUCCAGAUUCAACCGGUUCACUAACAUGAUUUUUUUUUUUUCCCAGACUUUCCGUGUUGAGGCGGCGUUUUCUUCGUUGUUUUCCCCCCUUGAGUCAGAAAUCAGACUCCUGCCAUUUCCCCGAUCUCACCACGAUGCAACUAUUUAAAAUACUGUAGCGAGACGUUUUUAUUGCACUAUGCCAUUCUUGCUGUGGCAUUUUUAUGAAUAUUUUUCCCCCCUCCUCUGUGUCUUGAUACCGCCACCCCCACACCGCGUUAAAUACCGCGUGUGACGUUCUAGCAUUAUAUAGAUGACCUAUGUAGAUUACGUAGUGUUAGCCGUGCAGCCAGCGCUACGUUAGCUUUAACAGCUGGAGUUACGCUAACACCGUUUUCAACGCUAACCACUUUAGCAUGGCGGUAACGCCUGCUGUCCUGCUCAGUGUUCGGUUUUGAACUUGUUUUUAAAAUUAUAAAAAAGGGGGAGGAGCCACACUCUCCUUGACAUGUUCGUAAAACCGUGUUAUUUAUUUCCUACUUGGAUACAAAGUCUCUCAGUUUCACUCGUUAUGACGAAAUGACUGGAAAGACGUAAUGGUUUAAGGUGUACAACCCAGUCAGUGAUGACUGAUAAAGUAUUUCGCACGAAAUCGUUGCUACGACAACGUUCACGCGUCACGGGAAAUUCUUAAAGCACCUCCAGACGGUGCAGCCGAGUCGAGAAAGCGCCUCGUUUAAGGUACUUUUCAAAGCUUCUGUUCCCUAAGACUGUAGAAGAAUAACCACUUUUUAUUUUAUAUCCUUCAUAUCCCAGCCUGUGUUUUCAGUAUGUGUACGAACAUUUCCCUCGGCGGUAAAGCCCCUCCCCCACCGCAUAACCAUCCCUCGUUUGUUAAAACGUUCCUAUGACACGUCUUCGGACGUCUCCUUUAUUUUCCACGUUCACUAAUUAUUUAUUCCGAUAGUAUAGUUCUCUCAGGCUCUCGUUUCCAGUAGCUCGGGUAAACGAUCCGCAUUUAACACGCUUUCAGUCGCUCAAACCUUUCAUCCAUGGUGUUUUCCUGAGCUCCAGAGUUCAAAGUCGUUUUUUUAAUUUCCUCUCUUCAUUGGUUUUGUACAAUCAGUGCGUUCUGUUUGUAUAUAAUGUCAGAGGGAGCUCACGGCUGUCCUCGCCUUUCGGUUCGACUGGGAAUUUGGGGAAUUGUUAGGAAUGUUGUUAAAGAUCUGGCUGUGGUUGGCUCGGAGACGGGAACGCCGGGCCAGAGAGAGAGAGAGAGAGAGAGAGAGAGAGAGAGACACGGAGAAAGAGAAUGAAUGUUUCUGUGAAACUGAUGU